AUGUCUGUCAGUGCCCCUCCAGGUACCGAAGCUAAGAUUGUGGGUGCGGCAAAGAAAGCUGGUGUCCAGUGGGUGAUGCCAACAUGCUACGGAACAGAUAUACAAAACGAAACACUGGCCAGGGAGAAUCUUCACGGUGCGAUUGCGCUGAGAAAUAUCAAGACUGUCGCUGAUGCCGGCAUCAACUGGGUCGCUCUAGUGUGCUCGUUCUGGUACGAAUUUUCUUUGAGUGUUGGUGCGGACUGGUACGGCUUUGAUAUCCCAAACAAAAAGGUGACGUUCUAUGAUGAUGGCAAUACCAGAAUCAAUACAUCGACAUGGAGACAGUGCGGUCGAGCUUUAGCCUCGCUGCUCAGUCUGAAAGAGUUGCCCGAGGAUGAGAAUGAUACUUCUCCCACACUCUCCAACUGGAGAAACAAAGGCCUGUACAUUAGCAGCUUUCUGGCUUCUCAGCGCGACAUGCUUGAUAGCCUCCACAGAGUGCUGGGAGACAGCGAUGCUGACUGGACCAUUGAAACUGAGAGCACAUCGGCACGCUACGCCCGCGGCCAGGAGAGGAUGAAGGAAGAAGGCGCUGCUAUUCGAUCUGGAUUCGGUCUCUGUCUGUAUGCGCGCACGUUUUAUCCCAACGGCGAUGGAAACUUUGAAGCAAAGCACGGGUUGGCCAAUGAGGUGCUAGGUUUGCCCAAGGAGGACAUUGACGAGGCUACAGCGAGGGCUGUGGAGAUAUCCAAGAAGAGUGGCGGCGAGUACAACCCCGCCAAGGCCUAA